GAGGCGAGAUUCCGGCGAGGCUUCAGGGCACAGCUACCCGGCAGUCAAAAGCUGGGCCUGCCGCCUCCACACCCCUCCGGGACACCCCACCCACUUCCCAGGCGUGACCCGUCAACAGAGACUUCGCGGCGUGGUGCACUCUGAGGAAAAACCAUUUUGAUUAUUACUCUCAGACGUGCGUGGAAACAAGUGACUGAGACCUAGAAAUCCAAACGUUGGAGGUCCUGAGGCCAGCCUAAAUCACUUCAAAAUGGAACAAAGACGUUUGCAGGGUUCCAUUCAGAGCCGAUACAUCAGCAUGAGCGUGUGGACAAGCCCACGGAGACUUGUGGAGCUGGCGGGGCAGAGCCUGCUGAAGGAUGAGGCCCUGGCCAUCGCCGCCCUGGAGUUGCUGCCCAGGGAGCUCUUCCCGCCACUCUUCACAGCAGCCUUUGACGGGAGACACAGCCAGACCCUGAAGGCAAUGGUGCAGGCCUGGCCCUUUACCUGCCUCCCUCUGGGAGUGCUGAUGAAGGGACAACAGCUUCACCUGGAGACCUUUAAGGCUGUGCUUGAUGGACUUGAUGUGCUGCUUGCCCAGGAGGUUCGCCCCAGAAGGUGGAAACUCGAAGUGCUGGAUUUACGGAAGAACUCUCAUCAGGACUUCUGGACUGUAUGGUCUGGAAACAGGGCCAGUCUCUACUCAUUUCCAGAGCCAGAAGCAGCUCAGCCCAUGAGAAAGAAGCGAAAAGUAGAUGGUUUGAGCACAGAGGCAGAGCAGCCCUUCACUCCAAUAGAGGUGCUCGUAGACCUGUCCCUCAAGGAAGGUGCCUGUGAUGAGUUGUUCUCUUACCUCAUGGAGAAAGUGAAGCGACAGAAAAAUGUGCUACACCUGUGCUGUAAGAAGCUGAAGAUUUUUGCAAUGCCCAUGCAGAAUAUCAAGAUGAUCCUGAAAAUGGUACAGCUGGACUCUAUUGAAGAUUUGGAAGUGACUUGUACCUGGAAGCUACCCACCUUGGCAAAAUUUUCUCCUUACCUGGGCCAGAUGAUUAAUCUGCGUAGACUCCUCCUCUCCCACAUCCAUGCAUCUUCCUCCAUUUCCCCGGAGAAGGAAGAGCAGUAUAUCGCGCAGUUCACCUCUCAGUUCCUCAGUCUGCAGUGCCUCCAGGCUGUUUAUGUGGACUCUUUAUUUUUCCUUAGAGGCCGCCUGGAUCAGUUGCUCAGGCACGUGAUGAAUCCCUUGGAAACCCUCUCAGUAACUAACUGCCGGCUUUCGGAAGGCGAUGUGAUGCAUCUGUCCCAGAGCCCCAACGUCGGUCAGCUGAGUGUCCUGAGUCUAAGUGGGGUCAUGCUGACCGAUGUAAGUCCCGAGCCCCUCCAAGCUCUGCUGGAGAGAGCCUCUGCCACCCUCCAGGACCUGGACUUUGAUGAGUGUGGGAUCAUGGAUGAUCAGCUCCUUGUCCUCCUGCCUUCCCUGAGCCACUGCACCCAGCUUACGACCUUAAGCUUCUGCGGGAAUCCCAUCUCCAUAUCUGUCCUGGAGAACCUCCUGCAUCACCUCAUUGGGCUGAGCAAUCUGACCCAUGUGCUGUAUCCUGUUCCUCUGGAGAGUUAUGAGGAUGUCCGUGGUACCCUCCACCUGGGGAGACUUGCCUAUCUGCACGCCAGGCUCAAGGAGUUGCUGUGCGAAUUGGGGCGGCCCAGCAUGGUCUGGCUUAGUGCCAAUCCCUGUCCUCACUGUGGGGACAGAACCUUCUAUGACCCAGAGCCCAUCCUGUGCCCCUGUUUUAUGCCUAACUAGCUGGGUGCACAUACCAAAUGCUUCAUUCUGCAUACUUGGACACUGAAGUCCAGGAUGUGCAUGCAUCUUGAAGCAACAAAGCAGCCACAGUUUCAGACAAAUGUUCAGUGUGAGUGAGGAAAAAAAGGAGAAGUUGGGGGUAGGCAGAUGUUGACUUGAGUUAACGGGAUCUUUUGGGAGAUGCAUCCUAUACAGUUAGAAUCUGAAUUUCUAAAGGGGGAUUCUGGCUUGGGAAGUACAUGUAGAAGUUAAUCCCUAUUUAGACUGUUAUAAAGAAACUGUUGUAAAGAAACUGUUGAAAAUAAAGAGAAGCAAUGUGACGCA